AGUGUCGAUCUAAAGGCUGGUACCCGGAGCCAGAGAUGCUGUGGAUGGACUGAGGGGAAGCUCCUCUCUGCUGGACCUCCAGAGACCCUCAGAGGUCCUGGUGACCUCUACAGCGUCAGCAGCAGCGUGACGGUGGAGAAGAGACACAGCAACAGCUUCACCUGUAGAGUCCAGCAGAGGAACAUCAACCAGACCAGAGGGACUCUCAUCACGGUUCCAGCUGAUCUCUUCAAGGUCCAAACCAGUUCUGCCAUCCGCAUAACCAUCUUCUCUGCUGUUUGCAUCGUGGGGGUCGUGGCUGUUGUCCUUGUUUUGUGGAGAUGUGGAAAAGAAGAAACCAAGACCACGAGCAGAAGAUCAGAACUUCAGCUUCUGACAGAGGGAGGAGACAAAGAGAAGACCAUGGAAACACUUAAUGAGGACUUAAAGGAAAACGAUGGAGAAUUAGAACUUAUACAACAGGUGAUAAAAACUCUGAUGCACCAGAAGGAAGAUCUGAAGACGCAGAGCGAGGUGCUCAUCUCACAACAGCACGAGAACCAGACAACGAUUCAAAAGAUCGAGAAGAGGAUAAACCACAAGAUCAACCAGAUGAUGAACCCGAGGAAGAACAAGGAUGAAGGCAAACUAGAGAAUCUUCAAAAGAGGGAGAAAGAACACCAGGAACUGUUAGAGAACACAGGGAAGCUGAUGGACUCAACAGAGGAGAUGAUUAAUAAGAUGACAGAAAGGAGGGGCAGAAUACUGAGAGAUGAGGAGAAAAUAAGAAAGAAACUCCUGAAGGAGGCUGAAAGAAAGAGAGAAGAGACUCAGAGUUCAUUUGAGUCAGAGAGAGAACAGGAAGGGACCUUAAAGACAUCAGAGUGAUCCUCUGACUGCUUACAUGAAACCAUGUGACCACACCAUGAAACCAUGUGACCACAUUGAACUGGUUUUCUCUGCUUAUCUACUGGUCAUAAAGUCUCUUUAUUGAACUACAGCCUUAUUUUAUAGACAUUGUGUUGCAUAACUACCUUUUUGCAUAAAUUAUGUUUUAAAUAUAUUUUUCUGUAUUCGUUGGAAAUGAGUGUGAGAAUACUGUUGAUCAUUGUGUUUAUAAAGAAAUAAGGACUUCUUUAAAGUCGUGCACAUUUCUUUUGGUGUUUUUCAUAUCUCAGUUCAGUUUGAGAAUUUAUUCAAUUAAAAAUCACAAUAUUGUGCAAUACACGUAUUAUACUAAAGACGAGAUGAUGAGUUGUGAUGUAAUCUUGUUUGUUUUCUUAAUUAAACUGAUUUUGUUCCUGAUAAAAAAACAGGACGAAGUUGGAACUCAGAC